AGUGGACACCUAAUAUUUUGACGUCUGCGGGUCCUCGCGGGAAGGUGUGUUUACAUUGACGUCACAUCAGUUUGCCGAAAGGAUCAAGUUCUGAUACAUCUGAUCAUCAUGUUCCAUGGGAUACAAGUUACAGGAGGUGUGGGAGGAGCUCCUGCCAAUAAGCCUGAGUUAUAUGAGGAGGUGAAAUUGUACAAGAAUGCAAGAGAACGAGAGAAGUAUGAUAAUAUGGCAGAGUUGUUUGCUGUUGUCAAGACCCUUCAGGCUCUGGAGAAGGCUUACAUUAAAGACUGCGUCACACCUAAUGAGUACACUGCUUCCUGUUCCAGGCUGUUGGUUCAGUAUAAGGCUGCUUUUAAACAGGUGCAAGGCUCUGAUGUGGGCUCCAUUGAUGAUUUCUGCAGAAAGUACAGACUCGACUGCCCACUAGCAAUGGAAAGAAUCAAGGAGGAUCGACCAAUCACCAUCAAGGAUGACAAGGGCAACCUGAACCGCUGCAUUGCAGAUAUAGUUUCUCUUUUCAUCACUGUGAUGGACAAACUGAGGCUGGAGAUCAGGGCCAUGGAUGAGAUCCAGCCAGACCUGAGGGAACUGAUGGAAACAAUGAACAGAAUGAGCAACAUGCCUCCAGACUCAGAGGCUAAGGACAAAGUCAGCCUCUGGUUGACCACCCUCAGCAGCAUGUCAGCCUCAGAUGAGUUGGAUGAUAAUCAGGUGCGCCAGAUGCUAUUUGAUCUGGAGUCAGCCUACAAUGCAUUCAACCGCUUCCUCCAUUCCUCCUAAAGCAUCUGUCCAUCACUGAUCCAUCUGUCUGGAAUUCUGACUCUAUAUCUAUUAAUAUCUAUUAAGUUAAAAUAAGAAAUACUCUACUUUCUCUUUCUGGUUAUUAGUAGAGAGUGGGUUUAUAUCCGGGCAUGUUUUCUGUCUCAUAUCCUCCCUGUUCUUACCUGCUGUUUGCUUCCUAUGUCCUUUUAUUUAUGUUGUGUACUAUUCAAACUUCACCGCCUUGCACACUACACCGUGUCUGGCACAUCAUGCGGCCUGUAGCCUUGCCCACCAGGCCUGCCCUAUGCUCCGAUAUGCUCCAUUGGCCUCUUUUCUAGACAAAACCUGUGCGAUAAAUCUGCCCUUGAUAGAACAGUUUAAUUCUAACUUUGUACUGUAAUAUCAAAAAGGUCUAAUUUUAUACUUAAGUUUUGCAUAGCACCAACAAAGAAGCAUGAUACAAUUAUAAUUGGCAAAGUCUGCACAUGAAGAAACGGUUGCAAUAGCCAAAGCCUUUGUAUUAUUGGAAAGAAAAAUAUAUAUUUUUUUCUUUUUGGUACCUUAAUUCUAUCCACUGUCUGCCACUUGGGGUCAGAGGAGCAUUUUCUGUUCCGUAUAUCAUUUUGUUUUUCUAUCGCACAUGUUUUUACUGCAGAACUCUGUAACACUUUUUAGAUAGAGUAAAUGAAGUUGACCGUCAGUUAAUGGAAAAUAAAUGCAUCUGAAAUAAUUGUUUGAACUUCAAGAAAAAAAUUGACUUAUUUAAUGAUUAUAUUGAAACUAUGGUAGAAGGACUUGUUUGUGUACAUUGUCUAGCCUUUUUUUCUGUUAACAUACCUUAUCAAUACCUUAAUAAGUGAGGGUUUGGCCACAUGAAGUGGGUAAAAGUGAGUUGGACACAUCCCAUGCUUAUCGUGCUUGCCAAACCCUCAAACACCAUUAGGGAGAACAUGUUAAUGAAGAUGUAUCAUUGUAAAUAAUAGUUUUGAUUUUUAAAGAUGAGCAUGUAACACCUUUUUAGAAAUAAAGAUGAAAAUCUACCUCUAACUU